AUGAACAACGUCAAACCGCAGAAACGUCUUCUAACGCCGUUUCUCCUGAAAAAGGUCCCGCCCGUGCCUGAAGAAAAUGAGCGGCGCCAAUUCCCCCGCAGAGUGAACAUCUUCUCCAAGGUCUUCUUCUGGUGGGUGCUUCCCGUCAUGAGUGUCGGAUAUAAGCGGACGGUGGUCGAACAGGAUAUGUUCGUGCUCACCGACGACUUGAAGGUCGAAACAAUCGCUGCGCGGUUCGAGGCGAACUUGGCGGCAAUGGUGCUGAAGUACCGCGCGAAACAUAUCGCUCUCAAGGCCAAACAGAGAGCUGCAUUGGAAGCGACCGGUGCUCAUGCUGCUCCCGCCGUGAAGGCCGAAGGUAAGGAUGCAAGCAUUGAGCCCGAAUCGAGUGCCAGCGACACUAGCAAUCUCAGCUCCAAAGACAGGGACUUGAUGGAUCCUGAGAAAGACUUCGAUGACUUCAAGCUUCCAAAGUACAUCGUGGGAUAUGCUCUUCUACAGACGUUUGCGUUCCAGUAUGGCCUUGCAUGCUUCUUCUUGAUGUUGUCAGGUGUCGCCUCGACUUGUACGCCUUUGCUUACGAGAAAAUUGAUCACUUAUGUCGAGUUGAAAGCUCUUGGCCUCGAAGAGUCUGUAGGCCAGGGCGUUGGAAUGGCCAUUGGCUCUGCGCUCUUGGUCGGUACCAUUGGUAUUUUGUUUAAUCACAGUUUCCAAUUCUCGAUGAUGACUGGUGCUCAGGUGAAGGCUGUUUUGACCAAGGCUUUGCUAGACAAAUCCUUCCGGUUGAGCGGCAAAGCCCGUCUUGAAUUCCCAACAUCCCGUAUCACCUCUAUCAUGGGUACGGAUUUGGCUAGAGUUGACAUGGCGCUUGGCUUCCAACCCUUUAUCCUCACAUUUCCCGUUACGAUGGCAAUCUCCAUCGGAAUCUUGUGCCAUUACAUUGGUGCACCAGCCAUGGUCGGUGUGGGCCUCGCCUUUGUGUUCUUGAUUUUGACAAUGCUUUUCACUGCAAAGCUAUUCAUGUACCGUAGAUCGGCCAACUUCUUCACUGAUGGCAGAGUCAAAUACGUCAAGGAAGUCUUGAACAACUUGAAGAUGAUCAAGUACUACACUUGGGAAGAGCCUUACUUCGACCGCAUCAAAGACUGUAGAGACAAGGAGAUGAAGAUCAUUUACACCAUGCAAGUUGCGAGAAACUUGAUCAUUGCAGUUUUUUCGUCGUUGACAUCAUUUGCUUCAUUGUCUUCUUUCUUGGUCUUGUAUGCAACAGGCGCUCGUAAAACUGAAAACCCAGCCACAAUUUUUGCAUCUCUUUCGUUGUUCAACGUUUUGUCUCAACAAGUUUUCAUGUUGCCAAUUGCCCUUGCUACCGCUUCUGAUGCAAUCAUUGGUGUGGCCAGAUCAGGCGAAGUUCUUUCAGCUGAAGAAAUUGAUCCAGAGGCGACUGCCACUGAAGCAAGCCCUGAAGUCAAGGCCUUGAUGGAUGCUGAAGGACUUGCCAUUCGGGUCCAAAAUGCUUCUUUUGCCUGGGAAGCAAAGAACCCGGUUGCUCUUGAUACUUCAUCAGCCGAUAAAGUUGACAGUGCCGACCCUUCGACAGAAGAGAAAGUUGCAGAAAAUGAAAGUCUCGAGGCAAUUUCAAUUUCUCAGUUGAAGUCCAUCAGUUUAUCCGUGAAGAAGGGUGAGUUUGUUGCAAUUACUGGUCUCAUCGGAUCUGGUAAGUCUUCCUUGCUCAAUGCUCUCGCAGGUUUCAUGAAACGUACUAAUGGAAAUGUUAGUGUGAAUGGAAAUCUUCUUAUGUGUGGAGCUCCAUGGGUUCAGAACACUACCGUGAAAGAUAACAUUGUUUUCGGAAAUGAGCUCCUCGAACAAAAAUACAAAGAUGUCAUCUACGCCUGCUCGUUGGAAAGCGAUGUCGAAAUUCUUCCCGCUGGUGAUCAGACCGAAAUUGGAGAAAGAGGUAUCACUCUCUCUGGUGGACAGAAAGCAAGAAUUAAUUUGGCGAGAGCUGUUUAUGCUGACAAUGACAUCAUCUUGUUGGAUGAUGUCUUGAGUGCUGUUGAUGCUAGAGUUGGAAAGCAUAUAAUGAAGUACUGUCUCAUGGGUCUCUUGAAAGAAAAGACCAGAAUUUUGGCCACUCACCAGUUAUCACUCAUCGGUACUGCUGACAGGGUCAUCUUCAUGAACGGCGACGGCACUAUUGACUUCGGUACUAUUACUGAGCUCAAGGAAAGAAGUGACGGUUUCAGAACUUUGAUGGCCUACAACGCUGAACAUGAGAAGAAGGAGAAUGAGGAUGCUGAGGAGACUGUUGAGGAUACCGUCGAGGAGGAUAGAGAGUUUAUUGUCAAGCAGUUGAGCAGGCAACCUACUGUUCGAGACGAAGAGGAAGAGCAUCAUAACUACCAAGUCAACGAAGAUCAGGAUGGUAAGUUGAUAGAUGAAGAAAGAAAGGCUGAAAAUAAGAUCAAGUGGACCGUGUACAAGAACUUCAUCAAAUACGGUUCGGGAAUUUUCAAGCACUAUACGUCGGUUCCGAUCAUCGUGCUUAUCACAAUCCUUGCCGUGUUCUGUCAAUUGUUCACUAAUACUUGGUUGUCAUUCUGGACCGAACGUAAAUUUCCAGACCGUUCCAAUGGUUUUUACAUUGGUAUUUACGUCAUGUUCACUUUUAUUGCCUUUUUCCUUUUGUGUGCUGAAUUCUGGUUAGUUGCUUACAUCGUCAACGAAGCUGCUGUAUCAUUGAACGUGAAAGCGGUCAAACGUGUUUUGCGUGUUCCAAUGUCUUACAUGGACACCACUCCAAUGGGAAGAGUGCUCAAUAGAUUCACAAAAGACACCGAUGUUAUUGACAAUGAAAUUGGAACUCAGUUGAGAAUGUUGAUUUACUUCAUUUCCACGAUCAUCGGUAUCUUGGUAUUGUGUGUUAUUUACCUUCCAUGGUUUGCAUUGGCUAUUCCACCUUUGGGGGCUAUCUUCAUUGCUGUUGCAAACUAUUACCAAGCGUCUGCAAGAGAGGUGAAGCGUUUGGAAGCUACUCAAAGAUCAUUGGUGUACAACAACUUCAAUGAGACUCUUAGUGGUAUGGAUACCCUUAAAGCUCUCAAAAAGGAAGACAUGUUCCUUGACAAAAACUCUAGACUUAUUAACAAGAUGAACGAAGCUUACUACUUCACUAUCGCAAACCAACGUUGGUUGGCCAUCCAACUUGAUAUGGUUGCUUGUGUCAUGGUCCUUUUGGUCGCAUUUCUCUGUGUGUUCCGUGUCUUCCGUAUCACUGCUGCAUCUGUGGGUUUGCUUUUGUCUUAUAUUCUCCAGAUCGCUUCUCAGUUGUCCAUGGUUGUUCGUAUGUACACUCAGGUCGAGAAUGAGAUGAAUUCUGUCGAAAGAGUUUGUGAAUAUGCUUUCGAUUUGCCUCAAGAAGCGCCUGAGGUGAUCACUGAGACAACACCUCGCCCUACAUGGCCAGAGCAAGGAAUGAUCAGGUUUGAGAAUGCGUCGUUGGCAUAUAGACCCGGUUUACCUUUGGUUUUGAACAAGUUGAACAUGGAUGUCAGGCCAGCCGAAAAAAUUGGUAUCUGCGGACGUACCGGAGCAGGAAAAUCAUCGAUCAUGACAGCUCUCUUCCGUUUGGCCGAAUUAUCUGAGGGAACGAUUGAAAUUGAUGGUGUUGAUAUUGCUACUCUUGGUUUGAAGAGUUUGCGCUCCCAGCUUUCAAUUAUUCCUCAGGAUCCGGUUUUAUUUGCGGGAACUGUUCGCAAAAAUUUGGAUCCUUUUGACAGCAGCACUGAUGAGGAAUUAUGGAACGCCCUCGCUAGAGCAGGGUUGAUUGAAAGGGAGCAACUCGAGUUUGUCAAGACUCAAGAUCCUAAUAGCGAAGAUUUGCACAAAUUCCACUUGAGCAGAACAGUUGAGGAUGAUGGUAUUAAUUUCUCAUUGGGAGAGAGGCAACUUAUCUCUUUUGCCCGUGCUCUUGUACGUGGCUCCAAAAUCUUGAUUCUUGAUGAAGCAACCUCGUCGGUGGACUACGAGACGGAUAGCAAAAUCCAGGAUACAAUUGUGAGAGAGUUCUCUCACUGCACCAUUUUGUGCAUUGCUCACAGAUUAAAAACAAUCAUUAAUUACGAUCGUAUCGUUGUUUUGGACAAGGGUAAGAUUGUGGAGUUUGACACUCCAUUGAACUUGUUUAAAUCUCGCGGAUCGAUUUUCCAACAAAUGUGUGAGAAAUCUAACAUAGCUGAAAGUGAUUUCCGCCUUCAUUGA